UACUUAUGUCGGGACAUUAAUGGCAGGCUUGGCUCCUGUAAAAGAGUUAGAAGUUAAGAUAGAAGCUGGAGAGAAGAUUAGAUAUAAAUCAUUAGAUGACACAAUAAUUGCAUUGGAACAAGAAGAAGCAGCAAAUCUUAUCACAACAGAUCAUUACUGGCAAGACUCGUAUACUUCCCAUUACUGGUUACGUCAAAUUAUCCGUUGCAAGGGCCUCUUUCCACAAAUUGCUAUCAGUAUUGACAGAACGCGAGAAUUAGAAAAUAGUUUGAAGAAAUACUUCCACUGCAGUGGGUGUGUGGAUAAACAAACUUCAACUGCUGGUGUAUUCCGCAUCGAAAAACAGGAAUUGAAAAAACAUGCAGAGACAAUCCACUUACAAAUACAUUUCCUUGAGAAUCGGCGUUGCUGCAUACAUCACGCGGGGGUCUAUUAUGGGCAAACGCGUGGUCUUUCAGCAGCACUAUUAAGAGAAAAAGAUGCACUACCACGUCAGUUACGAGCUGAAAGGUUAGAAGCUAUUCCAACACAACAAAGGCUAACAGGAAACCGCCAAGACGUACCAACACCGCAGGCUGCGCGUAAGCUAAAACAAACAGGUAAUAAUAACAGGAACGACUAUACAAUAGGAGAGCGGUUUCAUUCAAGUAUUAGCAUUAUUAACGAGAAUGAAAAACUAAAAUAUGCUGAGGAUAAUGGUGAAGAAGCUGAGAAAAACAGAAAGUUACGUGGAUACAUACAAAUGCCAGUGAUGGCAGAUCCCUUAUCAGUCCAUCUAUACAAUGAGGCGUCCCUAAGUUAUUACCAUUAUUAUGCAGCAUCCAAUCCGGGAGUCUUCUUGGACUACACAGGUCUGAUGAUAAAGGACAUUUACAAACUCCUCAGAGAAAAACCAAUUGCCACUGAUGAUAAGCCUCACCCAGUUCUUAAUGCAAUCCUCACACUCCCCUCAGGCGAUUCAAAAAAAGAGGCUGAUGCUCCGCCUGUCCUUGCUGUAGAAUUUGUAGUAACAGAUCUUUCAGCACAACAUCUUGCAUUUUGCUUGCAGAAUUUCCGCCAAAAUGAGUAUAAGUUAUUUGGUUCAAACAUUGUACCAUACCUUGUGCAAUCAGACUGUGCAUGGGGUAUUCUGCGAGCUGUAUUGUUGGAGUAUAAUAGAGAAACGCCUAAUGAGUACAUGGAUAGAUUGACAAAGAAUGUGAUUAGUGGAGAUGAACCAGAUCCUCAAAAGCGAAGUAUUGAUAAGAAAAAUAUUCUCAAUGCAGCAAUGAAAAUUUGGUGCCGUGUGCAAGCCAGGACUACAUUUUCAGAGACAGAUAAGGAGACAAAAUGUUGGAAUUGGCUAUUAAAUCAACAAUACCUCAGUCUGGUCAAUAAUAUCAUUGAUCUCAACACAAUGGCAUCCCUUCUAACAAAAAGGUUCAACAUAAACAUUAGUAACGUACCAACAAAUGAGCUUCAGAUAGAAGCAGAUGAUAUUGAUGAUGAGUUGGUUGAUGAGAAUUGGGUCUCUGGCAAUGAGGUAUCAAACAGAGAAUGGCACUAUACAGUAAAUGGAGAUAUUCUUCUUCAAAUUGUGGAAAUAUCAACAGACAUUACCGACAGUGAUAAAAAUAAUUCGGUAAAUAGAAAUGAUCUAAAUGUAACGAUUAACAAUAGACAUUAUAGAACUGGCUAUAUGUUGGUUAUACCUGAUCUCCGUAUAAAGAUCCCUAUAGUGCCAGACUUCAAUGGUCGCUUCCUCAACCCUCUAUACAGCCCAGA